AUUGGACAUGGUGGUGGGGAUAAUCAGCCGCCAGGUGAGCCACACGUGAGGGACGUGGGCGCGAAUCACGAUCAAGAUAAAACCACAACAGCGCUGCGCGAGAACACGGGACGAGGUGGGCAGGUGGUGUGCUUUUGCGGAGGUGGUGGUUAUGGUGACACCAGAUGUAAACAACGCAGUCUUUGGACGCUUAGACGAAUACUUUUGGACAAACUCGUUCAGAAAGGACUCCUCUUGAACUUAACGAGGAAGAAAUGAGGCGAGUACGAGGCCCUUACAAGCAAUACGAUCAUGACACUAACGUUCGUAGCCCGGAGUCGGCUGAGCGAUACCGAGCUAGAGAAGAAGAGCAGCGCCGGCAGGCACCUGGUGUACAGGAGAAUGUUGAGGCCGAGCAGCAACACGACGAUGAUCAGGACAGUUACCGCAGUAGAUCAAGCCUUGGGAGUGUGCCGUGAUUCCAGUGUUGCAGUGUACAAUACAUGCAAUGAAUCGAAUGUUGGUUUCAUUGAAACAUUUCUGAGAGUGUAUAACUGUGAAUGCAUCAAUUGUUCGUGUGACAGUAAAAUUAUUGCCCUGGUCAAAAAGUGUGAAGUUGUGAAGAAAUUCAAGACCCUAAUUCCAGAAGUAUUUGUACCCAACGUAGCUGAAUAUAAGUUAACUGAAGAAUAUGAAGUAGUUUGCCCAACAAAUCUUCAAGGAGUUUGUGUAAACAUGAAAAUCAAUGACAAACAUUAUAUUUCCAAACCUACCAAUACAAUGGAAGUGGAAUAGUUUAUGUUUAAAUUGUUCAACUACUUAAAACAUGCUCUUAUUUAAAUUGGAUUCAUAAGUAAUGUCAAUCAAGUUUAACAGAUUAUCUCUGUUUCAACUUUAUUCCUUGUAAUUGAAUGUUUAAAUAUGAUUAUCCACAUUGAAAAUAGUACCACCUGCUGUGCCAGAUCUGAAUAAAAAAUAUAUAAAGACAAUCAAACAUUCAUCAAUCUAACUACUCUGAAAUCCCUAAGUGUUUCUAAACAUGCUUAAUUAGUCUGUUUGAACCCUCUUAGUUGGAGUAGAUAUAUAAUGUAUGGAAAGAAAGAAUGUUUUUUUCUUUUAAUUCUUAAAUGUACCUAUUUAUCAACAGAAUAGUUAUUUGCUCAUUAAAAAAAGAACUUGUACUCUUGUCCACUUGUAUAUUCUUCCUACCAUACUGAAUACGCCAAUGGCCAACUGAU